GUACGAAUUGUCGUGUCAAGCGCACAGGAAGCGAUCGCAACCCGGAUCGGAUUGGAUCGGCCGGAUCGAGCCGCCAUAUGUACUAUAUACACGCACAUAUACAUCUAUAUAUAUAUAUAUACACCUAUAUAUCGCAGACUUUACGGUGAACAGCGUCGAUCGCAUGUGGACAAACAAUUAAAUACAAGGUCAAAGAAGCGCUAAAAAGAGAAGUUAAGUCGAAAUAAACACGAAGAUACCAACGAAGUUAUGACGGCCAACACAGCGACGUCGGAGGAAAAUCUGCUGGGAAAAGGUGGACAGCCGCAAGAGCCCUCCACGCCCACCUCGGAUACGGAAGUGGGCGGCGGCACGCCCACGGAACUGAGCGAGAUCUUCUUCGUGGACAACAGCCGGCGCAAGCAGAGCAUCAAAAUCCAGGUGAAACUGUGCCCGGAAGGCGUUUACCUGCGUCGCGAAACCGACGAAGAUGACCACAUCAACGAGCAGCUGAUCAGGAUCGAUGAUAUCAUAGGUUCGCGCUACGGACCGCGUUUGAAGAAACGAGCCCGAGGCGGCCUCAACUCCUGCCGCAAUCCAAAUGUUCCGGGACAGGAGGCGGAUCCGGAACCGGAUAGCGAUAAUAGCGCCUAUUUGUACAUCUAUGCUUACUUGAAGAAGGAGAAACCGUUGCGGCGUGUCCAAACGCUCAGGAUUCUACGCUUUCGUUCGAGCAAUGACUACGGGGUGAAUCUACAGACCGCCGAGCUGUGGCAUCAUACGAUUCGAAGGCACAAGCGUGGCAAUGGCAGCAGUUCGCCCGCCGAUUGUGGCAAACAGUUGCUCAUCCUACUGAAUCCGAAGUCCGGUUCGGGCAAGGGGCGUGAGCUCUUCCAGAAACAGGUGGCACCCUUGCUGACGGAAGCAGAGGUGCAAUACGAUCUCCAGAUCACCACACAUCCGCAGUACGCCAAGGAGUUCGUGCGGACCAGGAGGGAUCUGCUGGAACGCUACUCAGGCAUUGUGGUUGCCUCCGGCGAUGGUCUGUUCUACGAAGUGCUCAAUGGGCUGAUGGAGCGCAUGGAUUGGCGCCGAGCCUGCAGGGAGCUGCCGCUUGGCAUCAUACCAUGUGGCUCCGGGAAUGGUCUGGCCAAAAGUGUGGCCCAUCACUGCAACGAACCGUACGAACCGAAGCCCAUUCUCCAUGCCACCUUGACCUGCAUGGCGGGCAAAAGCACACCCAUGGAUGUGGUCCGAGUGGAGCUGGCACCGCGGGACAAGCACUUUGUGAUGUACUCCUUCCUGUCGGUGGGCUGGGGUCUGAUCGCCGACAUCGAUAUAGAGAGCGAGCGAUUGAGAUCGAUUGGAGCGCAAAGGUUUACGCUGUGGGCCAUCAAGCGAUUAAUCGGGCUGCGCAGCUACAAGGGACGAGUGUCCUAUCUACUGGCCAAGGGCAAAAAGGAACCACCAGUGGAAGCGGCAAAGGAGGCGCGAGAGAUGCCUGCAGAAUCAGACCAACCGAAGCGACCGUCAACCGCUGCAGCAAUCCGUUCAUCUCUGCCUCUGAAUGCCGGGGAAUUCCAUGAUCUACCCGAGGAGGAGGAGGUGGAGGCGGUCUUGGAUGGAGAACAGUUCGCCGAUGCCAUAUCCCUGGAUCGUUCGGUUUAUCGCCAGCAUGCCGACAGUUGGCACUCGGCCAUGUCCAGGCGAACGGCAUAUUACUCCCUGGGCGGACCCAGCAUGCGAUCUAAUCGCAGCCGGAUGAGCAUUAGCCAGCGGAUCGAGGCGGCCAAUGCGGAAUUCGCUGAGAGGGUGCCAACGGGCACCAUUCCGGGAUUACAGAUGCCACUGCCCAGCAGCGAGGGUUGGAUCUGCGAGGAUGGUGACUUUGUGAUGGUCCAUGCCGCCUAUACGACCCAUCUCUCCUCCGACGUUUUCUUUGCGCCCGAAUCCCGUCUGGACGAUGGCCUCAUCUACCUGGUGAUCAUCCGAAGUGGCGUUAGUCGCCAUCAGCUGCUCAAUUUCAUGCUGAGCCUAAACACGGGCACCCAUCUGCCCAUCGGCGAGGAUCCGUUCAUCAAGGUGGUGCCCUGUCGGGCAUUCCGCAUCGAGCCGAGCAGCUCCGAUGGCAUCCUGGUGGUGGACGGCGAGCGGGUGGAAUACGGACCCAUUCAGGCGGAGGUUAUGCCCGGCCUGAUCAAUGUGAUGACCACCAGUGGUCAGUAGUGGAAUUUUUAAUCCGUGUGCUUUGCAAAGCCUUAUUCAUAACGAGAUACAUUCUGCUUCUUUAGGACAAACUUAGUUUAUAAGAAGCUCACCUAAUACUUGUUGCCUUUCCAUUAAUAAUACUUACUAAAUUCAUACCUUUUUUAUAUCUACUAGGAACUUAUUAGGUGGUAAAGUUGACUAAAGUUCUAUUAUCUCUGUUUCUAUUGUUAGUGAAAACCCAUUCUCAUGGCUCUGAAACGCAAUCCGUAAUUUUUCCAUCCGCCCAUGUAUCAAAAGAAAAAGGAACUUCACACUAUGCACUUAAGUAGUUGGUUAUAAGUUGUUUUCUAUUAUUUUUUUUUGUCGUUUUGAAUCGGUCGAUAGUGUUAAUUAUUUUAAGAACCCUACGUAGACAAAUAAACCAAAAAGCUAUAA